AUGCGUCUCAUUGAAGCUCUCAGCGCUGCAGCGCUCCUUUCUUCCCUUGGAGCUGCUGCUCCUAUCGCCAAGAACGAGAAGAGGACCGAAUUCGCGCCCUGGUACCGUGCGACGAACAUCCUGCCCGCCAGUGAUGACAAGCGCUCUGUUGACAAGCGAUCUGCUGAAGCAGAGAAGCGCACUGAGUUCGCUCCUUGGUACCGUGCGACGAACAUUCUUCCGGCCAGCGAUGACAAGAAGCGUGAUGUUGAAGAGAAGCGUACAGAGUUCGCACCAUGGUACCGCGCGACCAACAUCUUGCCUGCUAGCGAUGACAAGAAGCGCGACGUCGAGGAGAAGCGUACGGAAUUCGCUCCUUGGUACCGCGCGACUAACAUUCUCCCUGCGAGCGAUGAAAAGAAACGCGACGUCGAGAAGAAGCGCACUGAGUUUGCCCCAUGGUACCGUGCAACCAACAUCCUCCCGGCCAGCGAUGAGAAGCGUGCCGUAGAGGAGAAACGCACCGAGUUUGCCCCUUGGUACCGCGCGACCAACAUCCUUCCAGCGAGCGACGAGAAGCGUGACGUUGAAGCACCUGAAGAGAAGCGUGACGUGGAAGCACCCGAAGAGAAGCGCACGGAGUUCGCUCCCUGGUACCGCGCGACGAACAUUCUUCCAGCCAGCGAUGAAAAGCGUGACAUUCAAGCACCCGAGGAGAGGCGCUCAGAGUUCUACCCUUGGUACCGCGCGACAAACAUCAUUCCUGUUGAUGACGACAAAUAA